CUUGUGUGAAGUUGUUGGGAGUAAUGGAACAGUCUGGAAAGAAAAAUCCUUCCAAGGGUCUAUUGCAGAGUGAGGAGCUGUAUCAGUAUAUUCUGGAGACUAGUGUGUACCCACGUGAACCCGAGCCUCUCAAGGAGCUCAGAGAUAUUACUGCAACUCAUCCAAAAGCCGUGAUGGCCACUGCCCCAGAUGCAGGUCAGUUAAUGGACAUGCUCUUGAAGCUGAUUAAUGCAAAAAAGACGAUUGAAAUUGGAGUUUUCACUGGUUACUCUCUUCUCCUCACUGCUCUUUCCAUUCCUGAUGAUGGCAAGAUCACAGCCAUUGAUGUAGAUCGACAGGCAUAUGAGAUGGGGUUGCCGGUUAUUAGAAAAGCUGGUGUUGAACACAAAAUCAACUUCAUUGAGUCGCAAGCUCUACCAGUUCUAGAUAAGCUCUUGGAAGAUAAAGGGAAUGAAGGAAGUUUCGACUUUGCUUAUGUUGAUGCUGACAGGCCUAGUUUUCCUGGUUAUCAUGAGAGGCUGCUCAAAUUGUUGAAGGUUGGAGGGGUAAUUAUGUACGAUAACACACUCUGGGGAGGAACAGUGGCUUUGCCUGAUCCAUCUCUGGCUCCACAAGGCCGAAAAUCUUGCUGGAAGGAUUGCAUUGAAUUCAACAAAAUAUUGGCAGCUGAUACUCGCAUCGAAAUAUCUCAAGCUCCAUUAGGCGAUGGUGUCACUAUCUGCAGGCGCUUAUACUGAUAUUUGGAUUUGGUCUUUUGCAUCAAUUGAGCUUGAAUCAAAGACUCUAGCACUAUCAUCAACUUAACUUGUUUGUAGAAGUAAGUCAUUUGGUCAAUGGAUUGUCUGGGUAUGUAUCUUCACUUUCCACAUUAAUAAUAAAACAUUUGCAGCCGAGAUUGGAGGAGUUUCAUUCACUAAUUCCUUCAAUUUGGGAAACUGUUUUAACCUUUUUCCCUCUGAAAAUCAAUUUUCAUGGUGUUAUAUCA